AUGCCGCCGCCUUUGGCGGGAGAGGUGGCCCCAGGGCUCUUCGUGGGCGGCCUGUCCAGCCUGGACCGGGUGCAGGAGCUGGGUAUCACGCAUGUGGUGACGGUGCUCAACGACCCCGGUUCGGUCCAGCAUGCAGCGCUGGCGCCAGGUGGCAGCAUCCGGCGCCACCUGGUGGAUGUGGAGGACGCAGAGGAGGCAAAUCUGCUGCAGCAGCUGCCCGCCGCGGUGGCGUUUGUGGCGGCGGCGCGGCGGCCUUCGCCCGGGGCCGGGCCCGCCCGCGGCGGCGGCCGCGUGCUGGUCCACUGCGCGCAGGGCGUGUCCCGCAGCGCCGCGCUGGCGGCGGCCUGCCUCAUGGCGGCCGCGCCGCCGCCGGGGCUGGAGCCGGGCGCCGCGCUGGCAGCGGUGCGCCGCGCCGCGCCCGCCGCCGCUCCCAACCCGGGCUUUGUGGCGCAGCUGGAGCUGUUUUACGCCAUGGGCUGCCGCCUGGAGGAGUCCUAUGUGCCCUACAAGCGCUUCCUGCUGCAGCAGGCCGCGCAGCAGUACCGGCAGAACGGGCGGCUGGACGCGGUGGCACUACCGCAGCCGCAGGAGGGCGCGGCGGGUGGCGGCGGCGGCGGCGGCGGCGGCGGCGCCACGAUGUACCGCUGCCGCAAGUGCCGGACGCUGGUGGCCACAGCCCACAACGUGGUGGAGGUGGAGCAGGGCCCCGGCGCCGCGGGCUUCCGCUGGCGCAAGCGCGACAAGCACCAGCACCAGACGCUGGCGGGCGACGGCGGCGGCCCCGCUGCCAGCAGCAGCACUGAGGACGGCAGCCUGUUUCUAGAGCCGCUGCGGUGGAUGUGCGAGGCGGGGGCCGGCGGCGCGGCGGCGGCGGCCGCGGACAGCGUGGUUGGGGGCGCGGUGCAGGGCAAGCUGUACUGCCCCAAGUGCGGCGCACGCCUGGGAUCCUUCAACUGGGCUGGCACGCAGAGCAGCAGCGGCGCGUGGGUGACCCCGGCCUUCCAGCUGCACCUCUCCAAGCUGGAUGCGGUAGAGCCGCGCCCGGCAGCAGCCAUCCGCCAGCCACGCGUGCUGGGCGACGGCACACAGCCGCGGCCAGCAGCAGCAGCAGCAGCAGGCACACCAGCAGCAGCAGCGGGCGCAGCAGCAGGCGCAGCAGGCGCAGCAGGAGCAGCACCAGCAGCCGUGCAGGGCGUGGGCGAGGCGGCGGCGCAGCUGCAACGCGCCUGCCUGGCCGCCGGCCCACAGCCGCCUGCUGCUGCCGAUGCACACGCUGGCGGUGCUGCCGCCGCUGCUGCCGCCACCGUCGGCGCCUCCGCCGGCACCCCCAGCGGCGCCGCCGACGGUACCAGCGGUACCACCUUCUUCCGCUACCUCGUGCUCGACUGCGACGGCGUGCUGGUGGACAGCGAGCGCGCGUCCUGCGAGGCGCUGCGUCGCGCCAUCCUGGCCGUCACUGCCUUUGACAUCCCGCACGCCUUCCCAGCCGACUUCCAGCCCGUGUUUGGCAUGGACGUGCGCAGCUGCGUGGAGUACUACCAGCGCCGCUUCGACAAGGCAGAGUGGGGCCCCGCAGCCGAGGUGGCUGCGCGGGUGUCGGCAGUGAAGGAGGGGCUGUAUGGCGAGCUGACGGCGGGCGGCAUCCGCGCGUUUCCGGGGGUGGAGCGGCUGGUGGAGCAGGCGCGGGCGCUGGGCAUGGGGGUGGCUGUGGCCAGCAGCGGCAGCCCCGAGAAGAUUGCGCACAACCUGGGCAGCAGCGGGCUGGCGUGCCUGUUCCCAGACCCACACCUGGUGCGCUCCCUCUGGCGGCUGAGGCUGGAUGGCGUGGGGGGGGCAGCGGCGGCGGCGGGCUGCGUGUGGGGGCGAGCGCCCAGGGGUGUGGCCGGCGGCCGGUCACCGGUGGUCAGCGCCAAGCACGUGGCUCGCGGCAAGCCCGCCCCCGACGUGUAUGUGGAGGCGCUGCGGCGGCUGGGCUGCACCGAGCCGGCGCGGGCGCUCGUGGUGGAGGAUGCGGUGAAUGGCCUGCUGGCGGCAAAGGCGGCGGGGGCGUUUGCGGCGGCGGUGGCCACCUCGCUGCCCGCGCACAUGCUGGCGCCGCACGCCGACCUGGUGCUGGAGCAUUUGAGGGAGCUGGACCUGGCGGCGGUGGCGGCGGCGGCCGAGGGAGCGGCCGGCGGCGAGGAGCGGCGGCCACAGCGAGGCGGCGAGGGGGAGCAUUAG